CUGUGUACAACCGGAACGGCACGCUCACGACGAAGACGGAACGUUCGUAGCGUGUGUGUUUUCUCCCUGAAUGGGUAUUUAUGGAGUUGCGCAGAUUUCUCGGUUGCAUAAAAAGGACGGUGUGUAAUAUCAACAAUGAACUCGAAUAGUAAAUACUUUGGCAGACGAACUGUGCACUAAUGCAAUGGAUAAUCGACGGUGGUACGUCGGCAAUUAAUCAACACGUAAACGUCCCGCGACCAAUCGAUAAUCACGCGGCGAUUUUGGCGUGAAACCCGGCAAAAUCGGCGUAGACAAAAUGUCCGGGCAGAGCGGUCAGUCUACCCCGGGUAGGAUGCAGAAAUCGUCGCCGAAUUCCGGGAAACAGGGACCGAUCAGGGCCACGAUACCGAUCUCGUCGGUGCUCAAGCAGAACAGCAAUUUGAUCAGCGACGCCAGCCCCAACAUUUCGCCCACUUGCAACUGGAAAACCAGGUACUCACCAGAUCCAGCUUUUGGACAAAGGAGUCCCGGAUCUUCGUCCUGCAAAGGAAAAUCCAAACAGGAGCAUCAUGGGGAAGGAAAAAUGAGGAGGACAGCAUCUCUAGACACAAUAUAUUUAAAGGGGCACUGGCCAAGAGAUAAUUUUUAUUGGCACACUGGUAUUCUGCAAGUUAAUAAGUCCACUCAGACUGAUGAAUCUGAUUACAUGGAGGGUAGGAAGAUACACUGUAUCUCCGAAUCAGGGGAUAAACCUGACAAGGUGAUAACACGGCAAAAACUUCGGGACAGCAAGUCGUCAUCUAGACUUGGGUCUCCAGACACCCUCAAUACCAGUUCACAGACAUUCACUUCAAGUAUAUUGUCUCCAACACUGCGGGCCAAUCCGAUGCACAUGAUGCCCCUGAAGCCGUUGCCGAAGUCCGCGAUGCGCAGCUCGGUGGAGGGCCUGAACCAGGAGAUCGAACGCAUCGUGCUGCAACAGCAGCACCGUACAUGCGCGGUCGGCUCGCAGAGCACCUCCACCGCCCUGACAGGCGACCACGACGACGAGGAGCGGUGCCGCGAUUUGAAGACGGCGCACGGCGCCCCCGAGGGGCACCGGGCGCCGCCCCCGGAGAUGAUGUACCGCGGCUCGAGGUCCCGAUCGGUCAACACUCAGACGCCGAACGAGUUCAGUGGCGGUAGCUGUCAUUCUUCAGGUUCGAGUGCGGGUUCGAGCCCGGACAACGACACGGCCAAGCUGGGCACGUCGCCCCACAUCAACCGUUUUCUGGCACGCGAACCGCCCGACGGCUGCGAGAAGGUGCAGCUGAAGACGCUGGACGACAGGGCGGCCGCCCGACCCGCCCAGCAGCCGCACCAUCCGUACCACGAGCGACCCAUGCUGAUAGCCUCGCCGCCCCAGCAGCCGUGCACGGCGUUCAAGCUGCGUCCCAGCCUGGGGUCGGCGUUCCAGAUUCUCAGGCCGACGUCAGUCGAGCAGCAGCAGCAACAGGAACCACCAACACCGCCAGUGCCCUCCUCGCAGGAGAACAAUUGAGGUUUUUUCUCUUUGUACUAUUGAUACCUAUGAACUAGAGGUCGGGGUUAGGCGAAGAAAUGGAUCGGUGCUGAAUGGGCAGAAGGUAUUAUAUCUUAAGUUUAUCUGGCGGAAUUAAGGCUUAUUUUGAAUUUUUGAGAUUAUUUUGAUCUCAUAAAUUUAACAUAUCUUGUACAACAAAUAAUUAAUUUUGGCAAUAGAAAAUUUAAUAAGACAAGUAAAUUAUAUUAGUUUAUAAUUUUAUGAUCUCAAGACGUUGUUAUUUUUUUCAUCUUUUCACUGUGUGUUUUGUAUCAUUAUCAUAUUGACAAGUGUUUAUUUUUAAACGGAAACCUAACCAUUUCAUCGCGAAGCCCGGCCAUACAAAAGUUUUCCAAAGAGUUUUUUGGGAUGUUCGCUUAUAGUUGAGCAUUUAUUCAGGUGUGGAAGUACCACAAUAAUGAACCAAGUAUUUUUCGAAAAUCUCAUUUCGUAUAGACUAGUUUUUUGAUUAUUUGACAAUAACUAACACUUAUUAAUUAUAUACAUAAUCGUACUAUAAUUAAAUAACUGUAAAAUAAUUACUAGUUACAAAAAAACAUUAAAUUAAAGGUCUGUGAUAAGCAAUAAUUGGAUCUGACUUUGAUUUUAUAGAAUUAUUAAAUUGUAAAAAUAUUAAUUUAGUAUUGAAAUUGAUUGGAGUGGUAAAAAAUGUUUUAAUUUGUUAUUGAAUUCGUGUGGAAACCAAAGAAUAAUUGUGAUUACGUCAUUGUGGUGGUACGGCCCGCCUCUCUGGGUGUCGCAACAAAAUCCAAUCAGGUUGUUUUAUAAUUCGGCCUGGGUAUGAUUUAGGUAGACGCGAACUAUUCUACCUCCUAACGCUACAGUCCAUAAUAUAAGGAAUUCGCUAAUUUUAGAAACGAACUAGUUUUUUAAUGAGAAAUCAGAAGCUGUAUUUUUUAUAAAUUACAUAGUUUUGCUACUGGUUUUUGGUUCUUUUGAGCCAAAUCACAAAAAUCAAAAGAAUCUUUAAAUGUACUUCUGCGGUUAACGUUCAAAAUGAUCACUUUUCGCAAAUUUGAAGUCUACAAUAUUUGAAUUCGAUUGAACCCUUUGCGUUUUGAACGUUAAGACAGUUAUAAAACAACCUGAUACGCCAUUAACUAACAGCUCAUGUAAAUGUAAUUAAAAUCUUUCAGAUUAUAAUAAUGCAACAAAGUCUAUUUGUAGUUUUAAAUAAGUACAUUCCAUACAAUGUUUGCUGGUAAGAUUUGGGCGAUGUAAAACACGUGUCCAAUUAAGCGAAACGUUUAUUUAAAAAAAAAAAGACUGAAACAUUAUUGAAUCAAAUGAAUGUUCCUCGUAAAUGUUUCAAUAAGCGUAAGACACUUCUGUAAGCUGAACAUAGCUCCCUUUGACACUGACUAAUUAGUAUGUUGUAAAAAAAUAUUGUAGGUAAAAACCAAAGUAGUGUUUUCUUUUUAAGCCCCUCUGUAUUUACUAUAGUCAGUUUCGAUUUACUGAUUUUUCGGAUUGCACUGACUAGGCCUGGAUCUUACCGAUUUAUGUAUUAUCUAAGUAGAUCGUUUACAAAAUAAUUGUUAAAUGUGGAAUGGACUGUUCGAAAGCUGUGAUGUUUAAUGUAUGAAGGUUUUAAAUUUUUGAUGAAAAAAUAAUAUUUAAUUUGUUGGUUUUUGAAAAAUUAUUUCAAUUGUUUAUAUGUGUAACAAUUAUACAAUUUGAGAUAGAUCAUGAAACUAACUUUUAGAUAUUUGUAAAUUAUUUUAAUACUGUAUUAUAUUUUUUUUGUAUGUUCAACAUAUCUAAAUAAACAGACUGACAUAAAA